CCUGAUUCUGCCAAAAUCAGUUUGAGCCUCGAAAAACCUAUCUCUCUCUCUUCCCUCUAAACUUCUCAACGAUUUUGUCAUUCAACGCCUUGAUCCCUUUAUCGUCUUCGUCAAAGCUAAACUUCCAUCAAGCCGAAGAACCUUUUAUGCCUUCAGCUGACAUGUCUCCUGCUUCCCGUUCCAAGUCCAAAGACAAGAAGGCAGGUAAGGAAGCCCAGAAGGGUUCUGCUAAGCCUUCAGGAUCUGUUAAUGCAGGGGCUGCUAUACCAGCUAGUGCAUACAACCCAUUAUUAGGAACAUUUCAUACUCUUGAAAUGUCACCAGUGUUAUCUACUUCCCUAAUUCAUUCUAAUGGCCGUUUUCGCAAUGUGGAUGAGACGGAGGAGCGUCCUGGGGUGUCAGUGAUUGCUGGUGUUGAUUAUGAUUCUGUUUCAAAUAAUGAUAGUUGGUCUGGUGAGUCAGAGGACCACAAGGAGAAGCUCUCCAAUCCUCCUGCUCAAUUGGAAACAGUACCUGGAGCUGAUAUUGAUAAGCGAGAGAAAAUCCGCCAGAAAAAUGAGAGAAAACAUCAACGCCAGAAGGAAAGGCGAGCCCAAGAAUUACAUGAACGUUGCAGUGGCUAUCUUAUGUCAAGGAAACUGGAGGCCCUAGCUCAACAGCUCGUGGCUAUGGGAUUUUCUCAUGAACGAGCAACAAUGGCAUUGAUUCUGAAUGAAGGAAAGAUGGAAGAAUCAGUCGCAUGGCUGUUUGAAGCGGGUGAGGAAACAGACAAUCAGAAGGAUAAAAACAUAGGUGGAAGUAAUUUAAAAAUUGACAUAUCAGAAGAACUUGCUAGGAUUGCAGACAUGGAAACCAAGUUUAGUUGCUCAAAACAGGAGGUAGAAAGAGUAGUUGUGGCCUGUGAAGGAGAUCUAGAAAAAGCUGCGGAUUCCUUGAGAGAACUAAAGCUGGACCCGCCAUUUGCUCCCCCAAAGCCGGAGGAAAAUGGUGAUACUCCAAGUGUUAAUAAUGGUAAGCAGUUAGGGGUUGCAAGUCAGAAUUCAAGGCCACAAACAAAGCCUAUUCCUUCUCCCAACCAACUCAAAAAGGAUGAGAAGGAUUUUAACUACACAAAGGCAGCAAUUAUGGCUGGGGUGUCUUCAGAAUCCAGUAAUAAAAGCGUGCAGCCUUUAAAGAGAAUUCAGCCUAAGUCAGAAUGGGCCAAGCCCCACCAAGCUCCUAUACUGGCCGACAAAAGGUGGCCAAGUGCGUCAUCUAAUCCUUCUGUGUCGUAUUCAUUGGCAUCACCUUUGCAGGUGGCAGCGGCCCCAUCUGGUAAGUCUGAAGCCCGAUAUAUGGCUGCUGGAGGUGAUUACAAAAACCUUCAACCUGGAGCAGCUAGGGAACCCUUAAUGGUCAUGCAACGGCCUCAAACUGCAAAUGUAAAGCAGGUUCCAGCCACAAGCAUUAGUUCUUCCAGUAUAGCUGCAAGUUGGCAUCCGAACGGUGAGGGAAUAAGGUCCAAUGGCUUUUUACCGCAGGCUUCUAGCACUAGAAGCCUCAAUGCAAGCUAUCUCGGUUCAAAUCAGAUGCACUACCAACUUCAUUAUCAGCCUCAGCAGCAGUUUGUCCCUGGUAGCAGCAACUCAAUAGAUCUCCAAGCCACUAGCCUAGGGAACAGAACAGGUGCUUCACCAACACUCGCAGCUGCCGCUUCUCUCGGACUCUUUUCGGGGUUAGGAUCAGCAGCCACAUCCGGGGCAUCAUCUCCAAUAGACUGGAGCACUGGAGGGUCAAUGCAAUUUGAUUAUGCCAACAUAGACUGGUCUUUAGAUAGAGGUUUAUCUUCACCAAGGUCAAAUGCAUUAUGGGUAGGGCUCUCACCAUUCACAAAGGAUAGUUGUUCUAAUAUAUGCAGCUCAAAUGCUUCUGGGUUUGGCGGUCAGCCUUCAAUGAGAUCAGCACACUCAAAUAGGAGCAUUGUUCCCCUGCCUGGAUUGCAGGAUGGUGGAAUAGCUUCUGCUGAAGCAUCUGGUGGUUCUAGUAGGGAAUGGAGUUCUCCAUUUGAAGGGAAAGAUCUUUUCAGUUUACCCAGACAGUUUGUUUCUUCUCCUUCGCUGUAGAAUGAGAGGGAGAGAAAUCAAAUAAAUGAAAAGAUGACAGGGAAAAAAAUGUGUGGAUUUGAUGUUGGUUAUGAUGCCAGUGUUGAUGUUGGUGGUAA